AUGACGCUCCUUAAAAACAUUCUUGCCUUUUCGAUGGGGCUGGCUUCUCUGGGAGGAGCAUACGCCAAGCUCGACUUGUCUUCCUCUAACAACGUGGUUGUGUACUGGGGAACCGGAAGCUUGGCCCAGCAGAACCUGGGCUAUUACUGCGAUGACGGCAAUAUUGAUGCCAUUGUCCUUGCGUUUGUGAUGAACGUCAACGGACCUGGAGGAGCACCAGCAUACGACUUUUCGCUCACCAGUAAAAAUUGCACGCUGUUCGAAGGCACCAACUUGCCGAAUUGUCCCCAAAUUGGUGCCGAUAUCACCACGUGCCAGAAGAAGGGGAAGACCAUCAUCCUGUCAAUUGGCGGUGCGACGUACAGUGAAGGUGGAUUCCAGUCGCAAUCUGCUGCUCAAUCCGGUGCCGACCUGAUCUGGCAGACUUUCGGCCCCCAGCAGUCCAACUCGACGGCGCAUCGGCCCUUUGGCAACGCAUCGGUGGACGGGUUUGAUCUCGAUUUCGAGGCUACUGUGAAUAACAUGGCGCCGUUCGCGAACCGCCUUCGUCAACUGUUCGAUGCCGAGCCCUCGAAACAAUACUUUCUGACGGCAGCGCCGCAGUGCCCUUACCCCGACCUUGCCGACCAGCAGUUCCUCAACGGGCCGGUGUCAAUGGAUGCCGUCUGGGUUCAGUUCUACAACAACCCUUGCGGGUUGGGCUCAUUUGUUCAGGGUCAAAGCACGCAGUCGACCUUCAACUUUGAUCAGUGGGACAACUGGGCCAAGAACGUGUCUCAGAACCCCAAUGUGCGAGUGAUGCUCGGCGUUCCGGCCAAUACCGGGGCAGCCGGCUCGGGCUAUGUACCGGUCUCGCAACUGCAGUCGAUCAUUCAGUAUACCAAGACCUUCAAGAGCUUUGGCGGCGUGAUGAUGUGGGAUGUCACGCAGGCGUACGCCAACUCGGGCUUCUUGAGUGGCGUCCGCAGUGCUCUGGGGCAAACGGCCUCGCGGGUUUUUGGGACUCCAUACCGGUACCCCCUGCACUUGUGGGGCCCUGAAUCCAGCACUAACUGGAAGAAAUGA